AUGGUUAAAAUAUACACACCACCAUCACCCUUCAAAUGGAGGUUAUUAAGCCUCGGUUUCACAAUUGCUUUCCUCUCAACAAUCCUCCUAAUCUACUACCACAGAACCUGGCAUAGUCAAAACCAAUCGCAUUACUUUCUAGAACUUUCGGCAAAAUACGAACUAACAAAUUUUAGUAGUGGUCUGAAAUUUCUCUGCUGCGUGUCUGCUGCGACAUGUGUCGUUGCUAUAGCGGUUAAUUUCAUGGCAGAGCAGCUUGACAUGUGGGAUGUUUUUAAGGAUGGCGUUAAAAGUUACGGGCACUUGUUUGGUUAUCAGGUUCUUGCGCUUGUACUGGCAACUGGUUUUUGCUACGCAGUCAACUCUAAAGUCAGAAACGAGUCGUACCCAGACAUCUACGCUACAUGGGGCAACGUAUCGGCAAACCAACACAACCUGCCAACCCUUCAAAAUCUCCAACAAACCUAUAAAUGUUGCGGAUUUGAAAGUCUGGACGAAUGGAAGAGGAUAAAUUGGUGGAGGGACGAUGACGAGAGAGAAGAUAACUUGUCUCAAGUGCCUAAGAGUUGUUGCGUGGAUCAAAUUUGCCCUCGUACCUUAUACAUUUGGAACAGCACACAAGUCCACAAAAGCAGCUGCUCGACUUUCAUACUGAGUGACAUCACAACAGAAGUUAGAAACAACUUCCAGGCAAUGCUGUGUCUGACUGGUCUGCACCUUCUCCUCCUUGGUUCUUUCCUUUUUUUGUUCAUCUCGAGAGGUGAUGAGUGGAGAGAUUUUGAAGAUAACGAGGACAGAAUCGAGGAAUUGCAUGCCGUCAGGGAAGUGGCAACCGAACAAGAAGCCAAGAAACACAAAAGGAAAGGUUCUUACAUGUUCGUUGAGGAAACGACAGAAACGGCAUCUGUAGUAACCGAAAAGUUGGAAGCUGACCCACUGAUAAAAAAACUUCCACCGGGCUAUAUGAAACAGUUCAACAUCAGCAACAGAUCCACCGGAGCUCGCACGCUGGGCCUUUCAGCCAGAAUGAAUGAUUUUGGCUCGGUUGGGGGGUUAGCUUUGUCGGACAAAUUUUCCGAAAUUUCUUUGCUCUCUAGUCAUAUUUCUCAUGCUUCUGAAAGAAAAGAUCGUGUGAAUGAAAAACAUAAAAAACCAUUGAGGAAAUGA